GGUUGAACGACCACAGCUGACGAGUUCAUUUUCUUUUUUAGGAAAUUUUGUUGAUAUUUGAUUUUGGGGUUAAUUUGUAAGAAUUAGCGGUCAUGGACGACUCUGGUGCUAGCAAUAGUUGCGUGGAAGACGAGAUUAUGGUACUUCAGUCUAUUUACGAAGAUAAAAUAAAAAUCCAAAGAGAUUUAGAUAAUAAAGUUAAAGAAGUUGGAAUAUGUUUGUAUCCUGCUACAGCUGAUGAUACAAGUUCACAAUAUCUUAAGCUUGAACUUGUGUUUAGUAUACCAGAUCAGUACCCAGAAGAGCAUCUGAAAUUUACUUUUAAAUCUUCGCGUGGAUUAUCUGACGAACAUCUGAAUAAACUGAAACAACAGAUGAUGGAUUUGAUUGACAGCCAUGAUGAGGAUGUGAACUUGUUUGACCUCAUUGAACUCGCAAAAGAAAGUUUAACCUUAAAUAACAUACCAUGUGACCCAUGCCCAGUGUGUCUGCUAUCUUUCCAGGCUGAUGAUGAUUUCCUGAAGUCUCCAUGUUUCCACCACUUCCAUGACCACUGCUUGCUACAAUACUACAACCACUACCAUUCAAAUAUCGAGUAUUUUCAAACCUCAACAAACCCUAUCGAUGGCCCACCAAAAAAGAAAUCUGAAGUUCCACCCGGACAAGUUCCUUGCCCCAUAUGUAGAGAGUUGAUUGAAGUAGAUAUUGAUGCAUUACAAAAAGCAAAGGAACCAGUAACUCAGGAACUUUCUGUUGAGAAUCUUGAAGAAUACAAAAGAAACGUAAAGCAAAUGAAUGAAAUUUAUGAACGACAACUUAAAGUCGGUGGUAUUAUUAAUCUAGAUGCGGAAAAAAAGAAACACUUGCUCUCAACUAUUGAGCAGAAAGCAAAAUCCGAAGCACUUGUUGCAAAAUCAAAACAAGAUGCUCAAACCAAAGUAGUUGGAACGAACAGUUCAAAUAGCGAUGACAGGAAAACCACCAAAGUAUUUCCAAAUCCAAGCAAACCCAACCCCCACCAAAGUCACCACAAUCAUAGAAUGGUCCCUGGACGAAAACCAUUCACGAAAGAUACAACGGAAAAAUACAGAAAUUAUAACAGACCUAGAAGAACUUACCAUGAACCAAGAAAACCAAGAAAUGUCGAAAAUUCAAAAUCUCCGCCUUGGAACAACCAACCUAAACCAAACAAACAUCGAACAAAUUUCAAUUCAAGCAAUCCUACAAGCAAUCCUACAAAGCACCAAAAUCAUUCAGGAAUAAAUAAGAAGUCAAAUUUUUCAGAUGUUAAAACACCUCCUGGUUUUAAACCAAUCAGAGUUGGCCCACCACCUGGAUUUAAAGCGCUGGAAAAAUAGCAAGCAAUUUCUAAUUCUAUUCCCUACUACUGCUAUGUUCAUGUGUUGUAGGAUAAUAUAGCCUUUUUCAACAUUUUCAAAGCUGAGGUUAAUUUAAGUUGCAAAUGAAAAAUUUCCUUUCUUUGUUUUAGUUUCUUUGCCUUCCAUUUUCACUAUCUUAGUUAGUACAAAUAACUUCUUUUAUGUUGAUACAAUACAACUUCAUUGUUCUUUA